GAAGCGGCGCCGCCCACUCGGGGCGCGGCGCACGCCCUAUAAAGGCCGCCUCCAGGAAGCAAAACAAAACAGACGGCCCAGAGGACCGGAGCGCGGUGCCCGCGGGUUGCGUGCUCGUGGCUGCGUGCGCGCCCCCCCGGCUCCCUCGUGCGCGCGCACCUCCCACCCCGGGCAGGCCUCGGACCCGGCCGGCGCCUCAGGGACGAUGGCCCAGGUGGCAAUGUCCUCGCUACCUGUUGAAGAUGAGUCCUCAGAGAGCCGGAUGGUGGUGACCUUCCUCGUGUCUGCACUGGAGUCCAUGUGUAAGGAGCUGGCCAAGUCCAAGGCGGAAGUGGCCUGCAUGGCCGUGUACGAGACAGACAUGUUCGUGGUGGGGACAAAGAGGGGACGUGCCUUCCUCAGCGCCAGGAAAGACUUCCAGAAGGACUUCACGGCCUACUGCUGCGAGGAGGGUUGGAGUGAGGAGAAGCCCCCAAGCCCCAAGAUGGAGCCACAGGUGUGUGGUGCAGAGGCUGAGGUGCUCAGGAGGGCUGUGGACACGCACUUCUGCUCCUGUUAUGGAAGAGCCCUGGGGACAGCAGUGCCCAUCCCUGUGCCCUAUGAGCAGAUGCUGAGUGGCCAGACAACCGUGGGGGUGCAGGGGCUUCCUGAAGGACUGGCCUUCCAGCGCCCUGAGAACUACGACCUUGCUACCCUGAGGCAGAUUUUGGAGAACAAGGAAAGCAUCUCAUUUAUCAUCAGCAGACCUGUCCACGGGGCCAAGGGGCUGCUUGACGGCUGCGGGGCACCCACAGAGGCAGAGGGAUUGACUUUGCUGCCAAAUGAGAGCUGUGGCCGCCUCCUCAAUGUGAAAACUGAACCCGAGGAGGAUUCUGGUGUGCCACACACGGGUGUGCCACCCAGUGACGCAGCCAUGGCCAUCAAGAGAGAGUCGGAGGAUCCUGGUGUCGAUGAGGGCGGUGUGGGAGGAAGCUUCCCCAAGUCCAUGAGCAAUGAAAUCAUAGAAAUGGAAAUGACAGUGGAAGAGCCUGCACUACUGAGCUCUGAAGCGAGCGAGGCGCUCGAAGCCCACAUGAAAACAGAAGGACACACAAGCUUGUCCAGUGCCACGGCUUCUGCAGCAGGUGUGGAAGACCUUAAGAUCGUGCAGGUGACAAUUCCGGACAGUGAGAAGGAAAAGUUACCAAGCAUGGAGAAGAUCAAACAACUGCGAGAACAGGUUAACCACCUCUUCAGUAGGAAAUUUGGAGAGGCAAUCGGCGUGGAUUUCCCUGUGAAGGUUCCUUACAGGAAGAUCACCUUCAACCCCGGCUGUGUGGUGAUUGACGGCAUGCCCCCAGGCGUGGUGUUCAAGGCCCCUGGGUACAUGGAGAUCAGCUCCAUGAGGCGGAUCUUGGAAGCUGCUGAGCUCAUCAAGUUCACGGUCAUCAGGCCGCUACCUGGACUGGAGCUUAGCAACGUGGGCAAACGCAAGAUCGACCAAGAGGGCCGAGUGUUCCAGGAGAAGUGGGAGCGCGCCUACUUCUUCGUGGAGGUGGAGAACACGCCCAUGUGCCUGAUCUGUAAGCAGAGCGUGUCCGUGGCCAAGGAGUACAACCUGCGGCGCCACUACCGCACCAGCCACAGCCAGCACUACGACUGCUACACGGAGCACGCGCGCGACCUCAAGCUGCUGGAGCUCAAGACAGGGCUCACCAAGUACCUCCUGGAGGGCCCCGAUGGGGUGCCCCCCGCUGCGGGCCCGCCCGAGCCCGCCCCCAUGCGGGAGGAUGCGGCUGGGAGCCCGUGGGCCAGGCUGCGCGAGAAGAUCCGGUCGUUCGUGGCCUACUCACUGGCCAUCGACGAGAUCACGGACAUCAACAACACGGCGCAGCUGGCCAUCUUCAUCCGCGGCGUGGAUGCCAACCUGGACGCGUCUGAGGAACUGCUGGAUACGGUGCCCACGACGGGCGCCAAGUCUGCCAACGAGACCUUUGCCCGUGUGGAGAAAAGCCUGAGGAAGUUCAACAUCGACUGGGCCAAGCUGGUGAGCGUGGCGUCCACCGGCUCCCCCGCCAUGGUGGACGCCAGCCACGGACUGGUCCCCCGGCUGCGCGCCAGGGCUGCAGCGGCCGGCUCGGGCACGGAGCUGACGUCCCUGGGCUGCAUCAUCCACCCCGAGGCGCUGUGCGCCCAGAGCCUGCGCAUGGAGCACGUGAUGGCGGUGGUGGUGGACUCGGUGAACUGCAUCAGCUCCCGCGGCCUGAACCGCGGCGAGUUCACGGCCCUGCUGUACGAGCUGGACAGCCAGUACGGCAGCCUGUGGUACCACACGGGCGUCAAGUGGCUCAGCCGCGGCCUGGUGCUGCGCCGCUUCUUCGAGUCGCUGGAGGACAUCGAGUCCUUCCUGUCGUCCUGGGGGCGGCCGCUGCCCCAGCUGAGCUGCAAGGCCUGGGUGCUGGACCUGGCCUUCCUGGUGGACGUGACCACUCACCUCAACUCGCUGGCCCUGGCGCUGCAGGCCCACCCGCAGCUCGUCACGCGCAUGUUCGACCUGCUCCGCGCCUUCCUGGCCAAGCUGGGCCUCUGGGAGGCGCACCUGGCCCAGAACAACCUGGCUCACUUCCCCACGCUGCGGGCGGCGUCCUGCGGCGCCCGCGACGCCCUGGGCUACGUCCCCCGGAUGGCGGGGCUCAGGGCCGAGUUCCAGGCCCGCCUGGCCGCCUUCCAGGCGCACGAGCCGGAGCUGCGGCUCUUCAGCUCGCCCUUCACGGCGGCGGCGGACUGCGCGCCCGCUGAGCUGCAGAUGGAGCUGAUCGACCUGCAGUGCAACUCGGCGCUGCGGGCGCAGUUCGAGCGGGUGGGCGUGCCCGAGUUCUGCGCGCACCUGCGGGCCGGCUACCCCCGGCUCCGCGCGCACUGCGCCCGCGUCCUCUCCAUGUUCGGCAGCACCUUCGUCUGCGAGCAGCUCUUCUCCAUCCUGAAGCUGAGCCGGACGGAGGAGCGCGCGCGCGCCGGGCCAGGGGCCCCAUCCUGAGGACUGCCCCACCCCGC